AUGUCUGCUCAUGUCAUGUCAUAGAGGAAAAUUUACUAAAUUUUUUCAUGGUUUAUUUAGUUUCAUGUAAUCAUAUCUACAGCUAGUAUAAGGGAUUCUACGAUCAAUGAACAUUCUGUCUUUGUUUGUGAUUAAAACUGACACGGAUUGUGUUUCUGACUAAAUUUUUUAUUAUUUUCUAAAAUUAUCGCAUAAAUACGAGAUUGCAACAAUGUUUCGUUUCAUUGUUGUUACCCUGUUGUUAAUCAAUUGUUACUCCGGUAUCUGGGGAGCUCCCGCUAAAACUAUUGUGCUUUCUAUGUCUCUAAAUGAACUUGCAAAAAGUUGCAAGAGUCCGUUUUUGGCAACUCAAAUGAAAAACAAACUUAAGGAUUGUGAAGUGGGUGUACCUCCAUAUCAGAAGAAACAAAUAGAAUGUUUAUUGUUUUACGACAUAAACAGACAACUUUGUGAAGCUGUUGCCUCGUCUAAUCUAGCCCUUAAUGAAGAUUACACUUCUAAAAUACUUGAAGAGCAAGAUGUAUCACAACUAUGUGACACAGCUAAAGAUUGGAAAUUCACAGAUAUUGGUGUUGUUUAUAACAAAACCGUCAACGUUGUAUUUCACGACCCAGUUAAGUGCUUUAAAUUUUGUAUUCUCACCAGUGAUAAUUUACUAAGUGUUGACUCUACAUUCUACUGUAAAUAUUUCAAAUGGGGAUCUGAUGUGUUAAAAUCUCAAUUGAGUACCAAAUCGCAUGAUAAUACUGCUGUUAUACCACAAGUUACUAAUGUAGAUAAUAUUGCUAUAAAAAAUAAAACUGAUACAAAUCCAGGAACUGGUCUUGAAACAGCCAAAGAUAUACAAAUGAAACAAGAAGGUCCGAAUGUAGUCAAUAUUCAGUCUAAUGCUACUGAUAAUAGUGCAUCUGUUAUAACUGAAACUGCAAAUAAAGUGAAUACAGCAAUUGUGGUUUCCACUAAUAAAGAAGAAAGUGUUUCUGAAAAGCACAAUGAAUUACCAGACGCCAGCGAUACAAAUACUAAACCACAAGAUAAAGAAUCAAUUUCUCAGAUAAAUACAGGAACUCUUAUGAAUUUCAAGCCACCUAUUGAUGCUAAAGAUAUAGUUCAGAAAGAAAAAACAACAAGUACUGUUAUUCCAAACGAAAACAAAAAUAAGAUAGCACAGGUUAGUAAAGAUGCUACAAAUCAAGAUGUUUUGAAUCAAAUUGGAAACAGACCUCCUAUUGCCAAUGGAGAAUCUGAUGAUUAUCCACCAAACGAUAUUGAUUCUGAAGAAGUAAGGGAUGGUCUUGGUGACACUCAUGGUGAUGAUGAUCCUGAUGACCUGUUGGAUACAAAAUUAGAAGAGGUUAUAAAUAAAAAAAAUACGAAAAUAAAUGAGCAAGUAGCUAUUGACAAUAGUGAUAUUCUUCCCAAAGAAACAUUUUCCAACACUCUUCCUGAUUUUGCUGAGGAAGACGAUCAUUUCUUCCCAUUUUUCCUAACGGCCAUUAUCAUGGUUGUGUUGCUGUAUAUCUUGUAUCAUAAUAAAAACAGAGUAAGCAAAGUGCUUCUUGGUCUGAUAGUAGAAGGCAGACAGCCCGGUCGUCGUCGCAACAGUCGUGGCCAUGCGUAUCGACGUCUCGAUACAUUGGAGCAGGCAAUGAGUACGAACUCUUCAGCGCCUCCAAGUAAAAUCAUAUACUGAACACAUGCUUCGUAAUAAUGUAACAUAUUGUUUUCCGCCUUGCGGUAUUAUUACAGUGAAGUAAGUAAAAUACUUAACUUUUUUUUUAUAAUUUUUCCUUUAUUGUAUGGAUGGGUAUUUAAAUUUGUGAUAACAUUUAGUGGUCUCAUUAAAUAUGAGAAUAUUUACAAAACUCAUCAAUCUGUAAAUUAAAUAGGCAACUAAGUUAUAGAGAGAUAGUAUUUUGUGUUUCACAAGUGCGUUUCAUUUUCUAUUCACU